AUGGCUCACAGUACAAGUGCCGACUCUGGCAACGUCCAUAUCGUCUCAAGCCCAGACGACGACGGUCUAGCUCCAGAUCUUGACCAACCCCGGCUGCCUACCAGUGGUGGCCAUUCCCCGCGCUUCUGGGGUUUAUUCACAUCGCUGUGCAUUCUAGCCUUCAUAUGUGCCCUAGACGCCAUCAUCAUCAGCACGGCGCUACCUACCAUCACAGCAGCCAUCGGAGGCGCCUCUCACUACAUAUGGUUCGCCAACACGUUCAUCGUCGCCUCGGCCGUCGUGCAGCCACUAGUUGGCCAGCUCGCCGACAUCUUCGGGCGCCAGAAUCCCUUGGUUACGUCCACGGCGCUGUUUGUCCUCGGUAGCGGCAUAGCCGGUGGCGCCACGUCCCCCGCCAUGCUGAUCGGUGGCCGGACGGUACAAGGAGUCGGCGCAGGUGGCCUCUACGUGCUCCUCGACAUCGUGUGCUGCGAUUUGGUUCCUCUCCGCGAGCGCGGCAAGUAUGUCGACCUCAUGAACUCGUUUGCUGGCGUUGCUGCCGCGCUGGGGCCUCCCGUGGGCGGUGCCAUCGCGCAGGUUGAAUGGCGCUGGAUCUUCUACCUCAACAUCCCUACUUGCGGCCUUGCGCUGUGCGGGAUCUUUCUGUUCAUGCGAAUGAAAAUGGGAUCGCCGGGUCACCACACGGGCAAGUCCAAGUUGCGUCGUAUCAACUUCGUUGGCAAUAUGCUCUUCGUACCCAGCACAUUCGCCGUCCUGCUCGGACUUGUAAUGGGCGGUAUCGAACACCCAUGGUCCUCUUGGAGGGUGAUCCUACCCCUCGCGAUGGGUAGUUCGGUAUUGAUCCAGGCGAUUGGCUAUUUCUUUCCAGUCUACUUUCAAGCCGCCAAAGGAACCACAGUCUUGAAAUCUGGAACGUUUUAUUUACAAUAUGCCAUCGGGAGUCUGUUCUUCGCUGUACUGGGGGGUGUACUCCUGGCUAAGCUCGGUAAUUACAAAAUUUUACAUUUCGUCGCCUUUGCCUUGUCUUCGCUCGGUAUUGGUUCGUACCCGCUCCUCGACAGCGAAACAUCCAAAGUGGCCUGGGUUUUUAUCGAGCUGGUCUCAAGCGCAGGCUUGGGCAUCACGGUUUCCACCAUGUUACCUGCUAUCAUGUCAGCUCUUGCUGAAGCGGACGUUGCAUUCAGCACUGCGGCAUACUCUUUCAUCAAGACGUUCGGAUAUGUAUGGGGCGUUACAAUUGCCUCAAUCAUCUUUAAUGCUGCAAUCAACGCAAACCUUGACCUCGUCUCUGACCCUGCUGUACGUGAUCGGCUGAGAGACAGCCAGGCGUAUGCAUUUGCAAGUGAGGUGCACGGGCUGCGGGAGGCAAGCGCGUACUCUCCCGAAAUCUGGAAAGAGAUUGCCCAAGUAUAUACGCGGAGUCUGCGGACAAUCUGGUGGGUAGGGUUGGGUUUCAGCCUCGUCGGACUCCUUCUUGCCUUCGGCGAGAGAGCGCAUGAGCUCAGGAGCGAACUGGAGACAGAAUAUGGACUUAGAGAGAAUGAGAAGAAAGCAACAACAACAACGUGA